GAAAAGGUGUGGGCUCGAGCUCGACAGGAGGGUCUGUUGAGGCGCUGCCAGGCUUGUGUGUGAGGAGAAAAGGGUUAACGAGUCAGACACCCACCCCUUGCACAAACAGAGCAGUGGUCUCCGGUCGGGCUAACGCUGACACGAAUGCAGCCUGUUCCCGUUUCUCUGACCACAGCCAUGCUACGGUAACGGCACGGCGGGGCAGACCGGCCAAGUCUGCAGCGUGGCCCCUUUGGUUUCUCUUCUUUCUUUCAUCACCACUUCCGAACUGGACUGGAGGAUGUAUAGGAAGAUAAGAAGCAGCAAAGGUCAGCGUGCCGGAUCGACGCUCUUAUCGGUGAUAAAGUAGACAAAAACAGCCUCUCUCUCGCAUGAGCCCUGGCAGGAUUCGGCUUGGCUUCUUGGUCGUCUCCAAAGACUCAGGAUGAGGAAGCCCAAAGUCAUUCGGAUGAUUUUUGCCUUGUGUCUGGGGUGUUUCAUCAUGGUCAUCCUUUACUUCAACAACAGUCUGAAGCAAGCCUCGGAGCCAGUCGGUGACAGAAGCAGCGGGCAGAAGUCGAGGAGAAGUCCUCUACAGACGCUUUACGAUGGCGAUCAGGUUGAGUCACCAGUACAGGCAAUCCACCAGAGCAGACGGGAGGUAUUAGAAGAAGCCUGUCGCUCCUACACCCGCAAACGCAGAGUCCUCAUCCCUGAGGACCUGAAGCACGUUAUCGUGGACGACCAGCACGGCUUGCUGUACUGCUAUGUGCCCAAAGUGGCAUGCACCAACUGGAAGCGUGUGCUCAUGGUUCUCACAGGUGUCGCUGGGUCCCUCCGAGACCCACUGGCUAUCCCUGCCAACGAGGCCCAUGUCCCCGGAAACCUCCGCACUCUGUCAGAAUACUCCACCUCGCAGAUUAACCAGCGUCUGCGCUCCUACCUGAAGUUUGUCUUCGUACGCGAGCCCUUCGAGCGGCUGGUGUCUGCGUACCGCAACAAAUUUACACGGAGCUACAACACAGCUUUUCACAAACGAUACGGCACAAAGAUAGUGCAAAGGCACAGACUGGACCCACAGCCGGAAGCACUGGAGAGAGGAAACGACGUCUCCUUUGAAGAGUUUGUGUAUUACCUCGUGGACCCGGCCACCCAGCGAGAAGAGCCCUUCAACGAGCACUGGGAGCGGGUCCACUCGCUGUGCCACCCCUGCCUUAUUCACUACGAUGUGGUGGGUAAAUACGAGACGCUGGAGCAGGACUCCCGCUACGUGCUACAGCUGGCCGGGGUGGAGGACCAAGUGAGCUUCCCCACCUCGUCCAAAAGCACCAGGACUACAGGAGACAUGGCGGCCCAGUUCUUCCAAAACAUCAGUCCCUUCUACCAAAAGAAGCUGUACAACCUCUAUCGAAUGGACUUCCUGCUCUUCAACUACUCAAUGCCAGCCUACCUCAAGUUUAGAUGAGGCCGGGACGUCGCUCAUCCACGGACUCGAACUUGAACUUGUGGAGUUUGGACGCUUGAAAAAGAAGUUUGUUUCUGAGGCAUCUCUCUCUUUGUAGGCCUUAUACAGACACCGCAAACUCCGUCGAACACGUAUCAUGGUUAGAGCUCCACAAUAAAAUAAUUCUUUCUUACAAACGGAACAUCAGGCUGAAGAACUUGUGCACACAAAUACAAAUGGUCAAGGUCAUUUCAUCCCAAGAUGAAAGUUGCAUUAAAUUGCCUUGAGAAAAGUAAAUGUUAUUUUACUUUAGUGUUUUUGAAUAUGUGAAAUGCCAUUGAAAUUUUGGUUUAAUUUCAGUUUUUGUCUGCUGUUUCAAAAGUGUUUUUGCACAACAAAUAUAAUCUGUACAAGAUGCAGCCGUAUAAGUGUUAAAUUCUUAUUUUGACAGUGAAUGUCAAACAUGUGCCUUUUCACCCCUGCAGACAAUGGCAACAUUUUUUUUUAACUGUGACUGUGUUUAUUUCUGUGCUGUAGGAAGAGAUUUUUGUGUAACUAUGAUGUUGUCUUAAUUUAUUAUGUUAAUUUUUGACUCCACAAAGUCAGAGAAACCAAAAUAGUUAUGUAAUUUCUCUCACAAUUUUCAAAUAAAUAAAUUUCAGCAAGAAUUUCCUUGGUUUCAAUCCUGGAGUUAUUAAUGUUUCAAUACGCCUGAUACUUGAUAAACUGCUUUCCUUCAGAAUACAGCAGUCAUGACUCAGAUGUCAGUCUUUUAUUUCAAUGAUAAAUGAUGACUGCAACGAUGUCACCUGUAGGUUUUUACAAAUGUAAGAGCACUACAAAGUCCAGUCAAGCUUGAUGUCAUUGUGAAAAAUAGGAUUAUUGCCAGCUUCAGAUGUUAUUUUCAGAUCAUCAAGACAAGCAUAAAAAAAGUGCAUAUCAAAGAACUGAAAGGCCGCAUACCGAGAGAUCCAUACUAAAUAAUUUGCCCACUACGAUAUAUAUGUGUUGUCAAUACCUGGAACACAUAGAGACGGUUAAGUACAACAGGCUUUAUUCGGUGGCACUGUGUUGCACGAAAAAAAUAAAUAAAAUGUCCAAUCAAAUUUUGGCAACACUAGACUCAGAAUUCAUAGGUGAACAUCCGAAAACUAAAGGCUUAUCACGGUUUAAAAGGCACAAAUCUACAUAAACAUGAUAAAAUCUAACAUUCAUUCUGACAGUGCAGCAUCUGAUUAUCUUAAUAUAUAUUUGCACUCAGUUAUAUGUCAUUAUUGCCUUCAUACAAUAAUUUGCCAUCUAACAUUUAAGAGCUGACGAUAGGUGUACAGAUGUGUCAACAGUUAACAACACAGUAGUUCUACAGUAUUCCCACUUUCAUCCAUUUUAGAUGGAUGUUGUAUCUACAGUGCCAAGCCAGGCAGUACUGAGACAUGGAGCUCCAGGGAACAGUGUGCAACUAUUGAUCACAGUGAGCUGGCGACUAUGGAAAUCAAACAUAUGUUCACAAUUUUCUCAUCUUAUUCUAUUUUGAGCCAGCUUGUCUCAACUUACAUUUGUGCAAGGUCUUAUUUUUGUGUUAUAUGUGUGCCUCAAUCUUGAGCACAAAGGGAUAUUUUGAGCAGAGAAAGUUAUCAUAUUGUGGAUAAAUUAUGAUCAUACAAUCAAUAUAAUUUGUGCAAACAAAUCUAUUCUGUGCUCUGUGCAUGUUUGGUAUCACAGCAUCUAUUCAAGCAUGUGGUAAUCUGCCACCUGGUUUUACACCUCCUGAUAAACAAUUCAGAAGUGAGCUAGUCGGCUACGCACUGACAUAAGGUUGCUAAUAGAAGUUUCCUAACUAAAUAAAUAUUACA